AUGGUCGCACGCAAGCCCGGCACCCACGCCCUGUCCAUAACAACACACUCGACCCAGCACUCGUCGUCGUCGACAUCAUCCUCGCCCACGCCCUCGCUGGCCUCGCUGCAUGCCCGCGACGCCAACAUGGCCAUGUCCGACUGCACCCCCGCCCCAUUGACUGUCUCAAUACCCAAGAACAUCCAGAGCCCCCAAUGCCGCAAACCAAAUCUCCAGGAGAUACUCAGCAACACCGCCCCGCCCCCCUACACCCUCACCUCCUUCAUGGCCUUCCUGUCACAGAACCACUGCCUCGAGAACCUCGAAUUCACAAUGGACGCCUCCCGCUACCGCAAACACUACUCCAAGAUGGUCAACCGCCAUCCCGGCACUCCCAUCUCGCCCUUGUCCGAAGAGUGUGGCUACGUGCUCAUGCUCUGGCGUCGACUCAUUGACGCUUACAUCCGCGAGUCCGGUCCACGAGAAGUCAACCUCCCAGCUGAAGUCCGCGACCAACUCCUCAGCCUCUCCGACACCUACGUCCCACCACACCCAUCAUCCUUGGACAGUGCCGUGGCCAAAAUCAACGAGCUCAUGGAGGAGAGCGUAUUGGUCUCGUUCCUCAACUCAGUCAGCCCACAGAGCGCGCACCCCGCCAGCCACGAGAGCUACGCUGGCAGUAACAUCUCUCGCUCAUCGACCCGCAGCUACGAGGAGCGGAGUCUCCUUUCCCGAUCGUCACAGCCGCCCAUGCCUGCUAAACAACGAGCAUCGGCACCCUCAUCCCUCACUUCCGGCUUCAUGGCAUCUCGUCCCUUCUCACACUCACGCUUCCACUCCCAGCCCACCUCUUCCGGUCAAGCACCCACCCGCAUCACCUCGGGCUACACCAGCGGCAGCGAUGCAUUGACUGACGACUCUGGCAGCGCCAGUAGUCCGUCGGGAAUGAGCGACCCACUGACACCUCCUGGCACCCCGCCCAUGAGCGAUUACCCCAUGGCCGACUUCCAGCAAGCCUACUACGACACAGGCUCAAACAGUGGCACCCCGAGUCCUCGCAACAGCCGGGGCGAGCACAACGGUCUUGCCAACGCCACCAGGGAUAGCUGGAAGCGAGUAAGCAGCAAGUUGUGGCCCAAGAAGAAGAGCGGCAGCCAGCUCCGAGAUGACGAACCAGGUGUUGUUGAGGGUGGUCUCUUCUAA